AUGAGCUUGAACAGUACUACAAACAAUAAAUGCACCUCGACUGCCAUUGCCUCUGCACCGGCGCCACCAUCACACGGCGGUGCCAGUCACGGCAUUGGGGCGGCAACAACAGCCAGUGGCCAGGUGCGCGCGAGCUGGAAUACCUCCUCACCCGAGGCAGCGCAGGAUAACAGCAGCACAGCCGUCAAGAGGGACGGCUGUCCUCCAUCACAGACGCAUCUGCAACCACCGUCUCCCUCGCUGCUGUCGCACAGCACAGACGCGGGCGAGGAAGGCGGCGACGCGCAGAACGCGUUCUCCACUGAGCCGCUCGAGUACUGUGGCGUUCAUCUCCUGCCCGGUGUCGAACAGAUCGACUUUGACGAAGGCUACUACGUCGGCACGAUCGACGAAAAUGGUGAGAUGGCGGGCUACGGCAAGGCAACGUGGCACAGCGGUGACACAUACGAAGGUGAGUGGCUGGAUGGCAUGAUGCACGGCAAGGGAACCUACACCUGGGCGGACGGUGACUACUACCACGGCGACUACGUUAGAGGCCGCAUGGAGGGUUCUGGCGAGAUGAAGGAUGCCACAGGGCUCUAUACGGGUGAGUGGGCCGACGACAUGCGGCAAGGCCACGGGCGCAUGGUGUACGCCGGCGGCAACGUUUACGAGGGCGAGUGGCUGGCUGGAAUGCGGCACGGCGCUGGCAAACUUGUCGAGCCGGCGGCGCACGUCACGUACGAGGGCGAAUUCAACCGGAACGAAAAGGAGGGACGCGGUAUACAAACAAACGUGGACGGCGACGUCUACGAGGGCGAAUUCGCGCACGGCAAACCCAACGGCCGCGGCACCUACCUCUGGGCAGACGGGGCACGCUAUAUCGGCAUGUUCAAGGACGGCGUCAAGCAUGGCGACGGGUGUGAGUGGCUCGCCAACGGCGACUGGAUUGCCGGUCUCUUUGUCAACGGCGAGCACGUGGACAGCCACUCGACGCAUCACGUGGCGACCGUCUUUACGACCGACAGCAGCGACGCCGACGACGGAAGCGAGGUCGGGGCGGGUGACCGCCGCGCUCUCAACAGCCGAAAAAAUGCUAGCCUCUCCGAUUCAACUGCGGCGGCCGUACUUGCCCCUCUCAACGCCGAGAAGCUGCGCCGCAUUGCUGACCAGGUGCGCGCUCCAUCCUUCUCAAUAAACACGUCGUCGAUGAUUCUGAGGAACCUCAGGGACCCCUCGUGCACCACCGGCUCCUCGCACUACCGAGACUUCAACGACACAGACAGUGUGAUUGCCGAUGAGGUAACGUCACCGUUCUCGCGCGCUCUGGUCGCUCCGCAGAUGCUGCUGGACGACAGCGAUCUCGAAGGCUGGACGCCGCUUAAGACGAUCGGCAAGGGAAGCUUCGGUGCCGUGUACACGGCGCUCCUGCGCAACGGUCGCACGGUGUGCUGCAAAGUGAUCGAACUUGGCAGCGUUGAGAGCGAGGAAGAGAUGGAGAAGCUACGCAAUGAAAUUGCUCUGAUGAAGCGACUGCGGCAUCCAAACUGUGUCCAGUACUACGGUAGCCUCGAGGACAGGGCGAGGAACACGCUUAACAUCUUCAUGGAAUACGUCAGCGGCGGCACACUCACGAGCUUUGUGGCCAAAUUCAAGAGCAUUCCACUCGAGACGCUACGGCAGUGGGUAUACCAGAUGGUGUGUGGCGUGAAGUACUUGCAUGAGUGCGGCAUCGUGCACCGCGACAUCAAGGGCGACAACGUGCUCGUCUCCGUCGACGGCAUCGUGAAGCUGGCGGACUUUGGCUGUAGCAAGGCAAUCGAUGAUGUCUGCAGCGCCACGCACGGCUGCUCGACGAUGGUCGGUACGCCGUACUGGAUGGCCCCAGAGGUAAUCAAGUGCGAGGCUGGCGGCUACGGUGUGAAGAGCGAUAUCUGGUCCAUUGGGUGCACUAUGGUAGAGAUGCUGACGGGCAAGCCGCCGUGGCCGGAGUGCAACUCGAUGUGGGCGGCAGUGUACAAGAUUGCGAAUUCGACGGGGUUGCCGACGGAGAUACCAGCCGACGUAGACCCAGAGCUGAUGGACCUCUUGCAGAAGUGCUUUGAGCGCAAUCCAAAGCUACGCCCGACAGCGGCCGAAAUGCUGAAGCACCCGUUCUUGGUAAAGGUGACCGAGGGAGUGACUUCGCCGAUGGAGGGAAACCGGAGCGAGUGA